UGUUUCAAAUAAAUUUUCCGGGGUCGGUCACGACAAGUCUCGACAAGAGCCGGCUAUGGCUAUCUCUUUGUUUUUAAUCACGAUUGGUUUUUCAUACAGUAGUGUCAAGCAGUCGAUCUGUCCGAUAAAGUGUGACGAUAAAGUCGAACGCAAAAAUUUAUACAUGCGCAUAUUUGCCGAAAGUUUAAACAGCGGGGUAACGGAAAUCGUGUCACCAAGCAAAAACGGAUAUUGGGCAUUGAAAUUGUGUAACCAUUAGGAAUUUUGGACAACAAAUGAAAAAAAACAAAUUUACACUUUUGCACAGUGUCUGAAAUUUGAUCGUUCGAAAUCUUCCUUAUCAAGUGACAGAAAGAUAGCUCAAGUGAUCUAGUGUCCAAUUAAAAGUGAUCAGUGGAUCAACAGGGAAGGUAUUAAUAAGUGAUAUAAUGGUCAUUCAAGCACGAUCAAUCCGAUAUUUACUAAAUUUCAAACUUAUUUACCUUCAUUGACUAAAUAAAAAUAAUUAAAGAUUCUUCUCAUAAUAACAAACAAAAGACAGAAAUGCAAAAGCUACAAUUUAAAAAAUUAAAAAAUAUUUUGAUUGAGGAAUUUCAAGAAGUGGAAAAGGCUAAUGGAAAGAUACUUGUUGCCUUUGAAGAUAAUGAUGUUGAGGAAUUGGACGAUGAGGGGAAUGAGGAGAGAAGCGAGGGGAAUGAUGAGGGAAGUGGGGGGAAUGAGGAGAGAAGUGAGGGGAAUGUCAAGAGAAAUGAGGGAAAUGGUGAGAGAAAUGAGGGGAAUGACGAGAGAAGUCAGGGGAAUGACGAGAGAAGUCAGGAGAAUGACGAGAGAAGUGAGGGGAAUGACAAGAGAAGUCAGGGGAAUGACAAGAGAAGUGAGAGGAAUUACGAGAGAAGUCAGGGGAAUGAGGAGAGAAGUGAGAGGAAUGACGAGAGAAUGAAAAGAACUGAGUCUAACGACGAGAGGAGCGAUGAAAGGGACGAGGUGAACAAUGAGAGAGAUGCGCGGAAUGAUGAGAGGAAAAGGGGGAAUGCUCUGAGGAUUGAGAAGAAUAAAUGGAAGAGCGGGGGGAAGAAUGAGAGGAACACAAGGGGCAAAUACUUGAAUGAUCAUCAGAAUGAGAGGGAUAAUGGGAACAAUAAGAAGAAUAAAGGGAAAGUUGUAGAGAAUGAGUGGUACAAAGAAGGCAAAUUUCAAAAAAUAUUGCAACUUGUGUCUAUUGAAAUGGCUUGCAUUGAGAGGGAAUUGAAGGAAUCAUUCAAGGAUUUGGAUGAUUCUAGCCCUUUGAAAGGUAACAAAAAAUUAGAGAGGAGUGAAACACAGAAGAAACGUGAAAUUGAAAUGGAAGAAUUAAAUAAAUUAUAUGUUGCAAAAAGGAAAAUUGAAAUUAAUAUUGAUAAUGGAAGGCUAAACAAAGCUUUAGAUAAUUUAAAAGGUGGGUGAAUAAAUUUUUAAUGAAACACAAGAGUUCUUUUUUUGCUCUUUAGAAAAUCGGUUUGAAACACGGAUCCUUCUGUCAUUAUUUCCGAAAACUGCGUGCCUUGGUUUGUUGCCUCGGGUUUGCCUUCCGCGAAAUUCCGCUUUUUUACUUUUCCUAGUUAGGUAACAAAAAAUUAGAAAGGUGUGAAUCACAGAAGAAACGUAAAAUUGAAG